AGUGGGGCCAGAGGGACAUUGUGUGCAGCAGCGAGGAGCCUGCAGAGGAACAUGGCGCUGCUCCGGGGACUCCUGGUGCUCUGCUUGUCCUGCCUGCAAGGCCCCUGCUCUGCGUUCUUUCCUGUGAGCGCCAUGGAGCCCCUGGGCCAGCAGCUAAUCAGCGGGAUGUCGCAGGAGAAGCUCUCCCCGAUAAUCUUCCUCAAGUUGCGCAACCAGGAGGCUGGUGGCCAGGUUGCCCUGAAGAAGGCCCCAGGAGACUGCAAGGCGGCCCCCACCCCAGAGCAGACCCGCAGGCUGGCCCAGGCCAUGAUGGCUUUCACCACAGACCUAUUCUCCCUCGUUGCCCAAAGGUCCACCAGCCCCAACCUCAUCCUGUCGCCUCUGAGUGUGGCCCUGGCACUGUCUCACCUGACACUGGGUGCUCAGAACCAAACGCUGCAGAGAUUGCUGCAGGUGCUACAUACAGACUCAGGGCCCUGCCUCCCCCACCUGCUGAGCCGCCUCAGCAGGGACCUGGGCCCUAGGGCAUUCCAGUUGGCUGCCAGAAUGUACCUGCAGAAAGGAUUUCCCAUCAAAGAGGACUUCCUGGAACAAUCGGAGCAGCUCUUUGGCGCAAAGCCCAUGAGCCUGACAGGAAGUAAAGAGGAUGACCUGGCAAACAUCAACCAAUGGGUGAAGGAGGCCACUGAGGGGAAGAUUGAGAAUUUCCUCUCGGAGCUGCCAGAUGAUACAGUGUUGCUUCUUCUCAAUGCCAUCCACUUUCAGGGUUUCUGGAGGAACAAGUUUGACCCAAGCCUCACCCAGAGAGACACUUUCCACCUGGACGAGCAGUUCACGGUGCCGGUGGACAUGAUGCAAGCCCGCACGUACCCUCUGCGCUGGUUCUUGCUGGAGCAGCCUGAGAUACAGGUGGCUCAUUUCCCCUUUAAGAACAACAUGAGCUUCGUGGUCGUUGUGCCCUCCCACUUUAAGUGGAAUGUGUCCGAGGUGCUGGCCAACCUGAGCUGGGACAUCCUGCACCAGCCCUUGCUGCGGGAGAGGCCCACCAAGGUCCAGCUGCCUAAGCUGCAUCUGAAAUGCCAGCUAGACCUCGUGGGCACUCUCAGACAGCUGGGCCUGCAGGAGCUGUUCCAGGCCCCAGACCUGCGUGGGAUCUCUGACCAGAGACUGGUGGUGUCCAGCGUGCAACACCAGUCCACUCUGGAGAUCAGCGAGGCUGGCGUGGAGGCGGCUGCGGCAACCAGUGUGGCCAUGUCCCGCAUGUCCCUCUCCUCCUUCAUCGUGAACCGCCCCUUCCUCUUCUUCAUCCUCGAGGACACCACAAGCCUGCCCCUCUUUGUGGGCAGCGUGAGGAACCCCAACCCUGGUGCGCAGCAGGAGCGCAAGGAGCAGCAGGACUCUCCGGACAUCAGGGACUUCUUCCAGAACCUGAAAGCCUUUCCCCGGGGAGACAAGCCCUUUGGCCCUGACUUGAAACUUGAGCCUCCCUCGGAGGAGGAGGAUUAUCCCCAAUUUAACAACCCCAAAUGAGGGGCCGUGGCUGCCAGCAUCCUGAGUCCCUGCCAGGGCCAGCCUCUCAACUGAUGUGACUCUAUCCAAACAGCUUCGUGGGAUUAGGGGCGGGGGCCUACGUGGGCAGUCUGGGAGAGGAGAGGAGCCAUUCUCUCCCAUCUCCUCUUGGGGAG